UCUCAAAGAAAACACCAUGGAAGAAGAGCAACCUCCGACCAAGAAACGGAACAUGGGGAGAUCUAGAAAAGGUUGUAUGAAAGGUAAAGGCGGUCCAGAGAAUGCCACGUGUACGUUCCGUGGAGUGAGGCAACGUACUUGGGGUAAAUGGGUCGCUGAGAUCCGCGAGCCUAACCGUGGCACCCGGCUCUGGCUCGGCACGUUUAAUACCUCAGUGGAAGCUGCCAUGGCUUACGAUGAAGCCGCUAAGAAACUUUACGGACACGAGGCUAAACUCAACUUGUUGCACCAACAACAACAACACCAAGUAGUUAAUAAGAACUUGUCUUUUUCGAGCCACGGGUCGGGUUCUUGGGCUUAUAAGCUCGAUACGGUUCGUGGGUUGGACCUUGGUCUCGGCACGUCAAGUGGGUCACGUGGUUUGUGGUCGAGUAGAUUACAAGAUGAUGAUCAUCAGAAUUCUUAUCGAUCUUUAUCUUCAAGUGGGUCGAAUCUUUCUUGGUUGUUGCCCAAACGAAGUAGUUCGCAAGAUCAAGAAAGUGUUGAUGCUGCGAGUGGUUGCGGCGGUGAAGGCGGCGGGUUUACGUUUUCGACGAAGUUGAAACCGAAGAACUUGAUGAUGACUCCGAAUUAUGGAACAUCGAAUGGAGUUUGAUCUAGGUUUCUUGUGGGGCAAGAAAAGAAAACUGAAUAUGAUGUGUCAUCAUCUUGUGGCUCGUCGGACAAUAAGGAGAGUGUGUUAGUUCCUAGUGGCGGCGGCGGCGGAGAAGGGAUGCAUAGGCCGGAGGUGGAGGAGGGAACAGGGUAUUUGGAGAUGGAUGAUCUUUUGGAGAUUGAUGAUUUGGGUUUGUUGAUUGGCAAAAAUGGAGAUUUCAAGAAUUGGUGUUGUGAUGAGUUUCAACAUCCAUGGAGUUGGUACUGAGAGAUUUUUAUUUCUUUUAUUAUUAUUUUUUUACUUUAAACAUCUCUUAAGUUGCGAUUUAGGAUUAUUAAUUUGUUAUACAUCAAUCGUCAUGUU